CCGUAGCUAUGCAUGUAAACGAGAGAGCUAAGAUUUUAUUUAUGACAACAGUAGUUUGGUUUUUUCGAACUGUCAAAUUAAUCUGCAAAUUUAUUCUGCUCAAAAGUUUGUAAAAUUUUUUACACGGAAAAAUUUACGUUCUCGGUUCCGGUUCUCGUGAUUGUUUCGUUUGAAAAUAAAAUAAAUUAAUUGAUAACAAUAAAAUGGGAUGCGUGUAUGAAGCUUUUGGGAUUACCUGUAUUAUAGUGCUGAUACUAGCCUCUUAUCGAGCACCAUAUACGUUGAAAAUGGGAACAUUCCUUAUUGGAACUGCCGUAAUAGUACUAAUUUGCAUACCUUUUAUGCUCUUGAGACCGCGAAAUUAUCGAAAUGCAUUGGUACCUGCUUGGUGCUGCCGACUUCUUUGUCGUGGGUUAGGAGUAACAAUGGAGGUACGUGGUCUGGAAAAUGUACGUAAAGAAAGUGAUACCAUUCUGAUAAUGAAUCAUCAAAGCGUAUUAGAUCUGUGUGUGCUAGCUUAUUUAUGGCCAGUUCUUGGACAAGUCACUGUUGUCACAAAUAAGAAAAUAUUUUACAUACCUAUCUUUGGUUUUGGUGCUUGGCUAUGGGGCACAAUGUUCAGAAAUGUUUCACAAAUAUCUGGUUCAAUGAUAAUACUUCAGUCAAACACACCAAAUGUCAAAGGACUACAAUGUCAAUGCCCCAUUCAACCGGUAGUCAUAUCGAAAUUUUGGUUUUUAAAUAGCGAAAUGAAAAUAUUUGAAUCUGGACACGUUAUUAUUCAUAUCAUGCCUCGAAUUCAUACAAAAGGUUCCGAUACUGAUGAUCUCGACAGUCGUAUUAAGCAAUUAAGAGAUGUUACAAAGGAAGAGUUUUCCAAACUCACCCAAGAAGUACAAUAAUUUAUUCCGAAAAAUAAUUAAUUCAAAAAAUUACAAAUAAAAAAUUGGGUAUAACUUAGCCUA